AUGACGCCACGUGCCAUAACUUGACAUCAUCAACAUCACUGGUUGAAAUAAUGACACCCUUAAUCACAGGGCCUCUGGUGUUUGCAGUCCUAGAUCUAUUUGUUUGCAUCAGUCAAGUUUCAGGAAUACUGUGUUACAACUGCAGUAAUGUACACGACCCUCGAUGUGGUGAUCCUUUUUGGGACAGAUCCCUUUCCCUUGUAAAUUGCCCAUCUGCGUCAGCAACCUGUCGGAAAGUAAAGUGGUCCGGAGAGUACACACAGGCAUUAGAGAGAUCCUGUUCUGAUGACGAGGUAGCGAUAGCAGGCAUUAAGGAAUAUGGAAAAACCAAAAAUUGUGUCACACAGUUUAUUCCAUUCAAAGGGGAGGUCACCCAGUGUCACUGUAUAACAAAGGGAUGCAACUCUGUGUACAGCUGCCACCAAAGCAACACAUGGAGGACCGUUUUUUCUGCUCUGUUAAUUGGUGUUUUGAAAUAAAAUAACUAUGCUUUUUGUUGCAAGUCAUUUCAAAUAAAAUUCUCUGAUGAAU